GUAAUUUAUUAAAUCAUCAACAAUGGAGACCAAGAGCAUGGAUAGCUUUUUCGAUAUAUUAAACUUGAAUGAUACUAAAAGGGCAUCCCAGCUGUGCCAGAAACUUGAAGAAUGCAAUAAUGAAGAUAAAAAGGCCUAUUUCGCUAAGAUUAUUGAAGAAUGCACCUACAACCAGACCUCCAACCCUCCUAAAAAUUUGAAAAUCUCAGCCAGUAAAAAGAGAAUGAGAAAGAAGACUAAGGAAGAACUGAAGCUUCUGGAGUACUUUUUGGAGCAAGACUCAAAAUGGACGAGGAAGACAGUUACAACUGCUGCAAAGGUUCUUGGACUGACCACUUACCAGGUAUAUAAAUGGGGAUAUGACAGGAAAAACAAGAGAGAGCUGAAAUGAGCAACUCAGUUUUUAAAGGAACUAGAGAUAACAAACUCCAUGAUUGAUAAGAUCAACAAGUUUGAUCAUGGGAUCAAUGAUGAAAUCGGCGAAGAUCUCAACCAAAAGGUAGAAGAUCUGUUCAUAUCUACUGAGAAAUCUAGAAAUAGUAUGGCUCGCAGAACAGAAAUCCCGAUAGGAGAACUGAGCAUGCAUAAAGAUCUGCUUCAUAACUCAAGGUUGGAUAUAGAUCCUGACUAUAGUCCCUUUGAUGCACCUGCGACAGGGUGUGAGGGACCAUUUAAGAUCACUAAGGUGCCAAGGAACAACAGACAUGGAACUAAAUUUCCAAAAAUUUGUUCAUCUAGUCCUGCAAAAGGCCUAGAUUUUGAUAUCAUUGAUCGUAUGUCAGAUUAUCAGAAAUAUAAGGAUCUUAAAUCUGAGUCAAAAGAUAUCAUAGAGAGAUACUCAGACAUCACAAAUGAUAAGUCUAGCACUUCUUUCAUCAAUGAAUCUGAUGAGGAUGCUGCUUCACCCUUCCAGGUUAAAAGUCCUGAGUUAUCAAAACAAUUAAAUGAGAUCGAGGAACUACUGUCUAAAGAUAGCAAGCAUGGCGAUUACUUCGAUUGAGCCAAUAUGCUGGACGGUGUCUCUCUCCCAGGAUGAAGUAAUGAGGACUCUGAUGGUCAGGAGUACUCUAAGUCUCCUGAGUUCGACCAGUCAAGUUAUCAAACUGAUCGAGGUUUAUAUUUGAAAAAUGUACAGUCGGAUCUUCAAAGCAUCGAAGCCGUAUUCUUCUAAAGCAACCAAUUGUUCUUGGCGCUCAAGAGGAUAUGGAGGCUUUGAGACCGCUCUGCCAGGUUUCACUCGGCAUUGAGCGUCUCUUGUAAUUAAGCCAUUAUAUUUAUUCCGUAAUCAAGGUUACGCUAAC